CAGCCCCGUCCCGGGAGCCGCGUCCUCACCGGGGCCCGGCGGGAACGGGAACCCCAGCCCGCACGGAGCCUCCUGGGCGCAGCCGCCGCCUCCCCACGGGAGGCGCCGCGGGGCUGGGCAGACCCUGCCAGAGCAUGGAAGAUCCUGCCUUUAAACUCCAAGUCAGAGACUGAAUAAAUACUUAUACUCCUUCCAGUCCCUGUGUAAGGAAUGCCUGGUGGGGAUGUGGAUCACCUGCUUGGCCAGGAACAGAACCAAGUGUUUAGUCCCAGGAAGGACGCUGGGCUCUUCUCCCCACUCCUGGUUCUGUGUUGUGCUGCCAGAAAAAUGUUGCUGCCCUGACCAGCAGUCAUGAAGAGAAGGGGGUGAGGCGAAUUUGUCGGGAGAAGUCAGAAGUUUUGAAAUUUUCAGCAGGAUUUAUUACCAGGGGGUGCAGAAGAUUUUGCCAAGCCAGCCAUUGACAUGAGAAAGGAUUCAGUGCCUCAGACUUAAGUGCAUGAUCACUGCCCAAGCAAGCGUCCGUACUACAUGACCAGAGCGGAGCCACAUGGAUGAGACCCCUACCAUGCACUGAGCAGCACGGCAUCAGGCGCAGAGCUCUGGGAAAAUGUCUGCUUGCAACACUUUCACUGAGCACGUCUGGAAGCCCGGUGAAUGUAAGAACUGCUUCAAGCCCAAGAGCUUGCACCAGUUACCCCCGGUGUCAGAAAAAAAGCCCCUCUCACAUGGAAACCUGAAACCCAAUGCAAACCAAAGCAACAGCCAGCGCGGGAGGAACGCCGGCAGCUUCCGCCCGCCCGUGGCCAAGAAGCCCACGAUAGCUGUGAAACCCACCAUGAUGGUGGCAGACGGGCAGGGGCUGUGUGGGGAGCUCAUCACGCUGGAGCAGUGUGAGAACAAACCCCUGCCUGCGGGGUGGAACCGCAACAAGGCGGUCUUGAACAAAAAACCACUGAACAAUAAUAACGAGGAGGAGAUCGAAGGUUACAGCCAUGUUCCUAGGCCUUAUGGCAACAGUGAGGGCGUGGGUAAGAUACCAAAUAAUAAUAACGGACUGACAGAAGUUUUGAAGGAGAUUGCGGGUUUGGAUACCACACCUCAGCUCACUGGAAAUGAAACGAACUCAAGAGAAACCUUCUUGGGAAGGAUAAAUAAUUGCUACAAAAGAUCGUUAGAAAGGAAGAUCCCUCCGAGCUGUAUGGUGGGUGGAAUGAAGGAUUCACAGAGUAAGCACGUUAUUCUGAGUGGAAGCACUGAAGUCAUAAGUAAUGAAGGUGGACGUUUCUGUUAUCCAGAGUUCUCUAGUGGAGAUGAGAGUGAGGAUGACACGUUUUUUGGCAGCAUGCAGGAAGAGCACGAGAGCUGGGAUGAAAGUGAUGAAGAGUUGUUAGCAAUGGAAAUCCGCAUGAGGGGCCAACCUCGCUUUGCUAAUUUCAGAGCUAACACCCUGUCUCCUGUUCCAUUCUGUGUUGACAAAAAAUGGAAUACCGUGCCCCUUCGGAACAAGUCUCUCCAGCGGAUCUGUGCAGUGGAUUAUGACGACAGUUACGAUGAAAUUUUAAAUGGCUACGGGGAAGAGACUGUGAUUCUUUAUGGGCAAGAGAGCAUGCAGAGCAUGGUAUCUUCUGAUUCUACAUCUCCUGAUUCUUCUUUGACAGAAGAGUCUCGUUCUGGGACAACCAGCAGUUCUUCCCAGAAGCUCUGCAAUGGAGGGUUAUCUCCUAGCACUCCUCAGGACCUCAAAGUGAUUGAACAAGAAUAUGAAAGUCUUUGUGACAAUCAACAAGUGAAGGACGUGCCAAAAGCACCCAGAAACGCUCUGAAAAGUCUGGAAACUCACAAGGCAGUCCUUGCACUUCGCCUGGAGGAGAAGGAUGGCAAAAUUGCUGUGCAGACUGAUACGCAGGAUAAUAAAAGUUCUUCAGAUGUUCCUGGUCAAGCCGUAACUAUUAAUUUGGUGCCUGUGGAGGAGCAAGCUAAACCUUACAGAGUGGUGAAUAUGGAACAACCCGUGUGCAAGCCAUACACCGUAGUGGAUGUAUCAGCUGCCAUGACCAGUGAAUGUAAAGAGAAUCAGACUGAAACCUCAGAAACCAAAAAGGCAUCAUCUAACCCAAGCUCACCAGUAACUCCGGGCACACCUAUUGCAUCCUCUGCAGCAUCACCAGUACAUGUGCACGCUAAUCUGAAAAAAUCCAGCGCAAUCAGAUACCAGGAAGUGUGGACUUCUAGCACUAGUCCAAGACAGAAGUUACCUAAGGUGGAACUGAUUGGAAACAGCUCAGGACCUUCCAUUCCUCCCAGGAAGACAAGCCACAAGUCAGCUCCUACUUCACCAACAGCUACAAACAUUUCUUCGAAAACUAUCCCAGUUAAGUCUCCUAAUUUGUCUGAGAUAAAAUUCAACAGUUACAACAAUGCUGGCAUGCCACCUUUUCCUAUUAUCAUUCAUGAUGAGCCCACUUACGCCAAGAGUUCCAAAAAUGCUAUUAAAGUUCCUAUUGUAAUCAAUCCAAAUGCGUAUGAUAAUCUGGCAAUCUAUAAAAGUUUUCUAGGGACCAGUGGGGAGCUGUCUGUCAAAGAUAAAACUACAAGUGUGAUAAGCCAUACCUAUGAAGAAAUAGAAACUGAAAGCAAAGCCACCGAAGCCAUAGGCAGCAAGCCCACUGAGUUGCCCCAGGCAAAGGGGGUGGCCAGUAGCCCUGAGUGCAGGCUGGGCUCUGUUGCUCAAAAGGUCCAAGAAUUCAACAGCUGCCUCAGUAAAAGCCAGAUAUCCCCACAGAGAAGUCACAGCGCUGACCACAGCUCCCCAUCCCGAGUUCAAAAGGCAAUGCACGAGCCUGCAGCAAAAACAGACAUAACCCCGGACGGUUCUGUUGGCAGCAGCAGUGGCAGAGAGAAUGCAAGCACGGUGCUCUCACAGAUCGUGGCUUCUAUCCAGCCUCCACAAUCUCCUCCAGAAACGCCUCAGUCUGCUCCCAAGUCCUGUAGUGUAGAAGAACUGUAUUCCUUACCCCCUGAGGGAGAUGCUACUAAAAACACCCUGGUACGACCCAAAUCUCUGUUUACAUCACAGCCUGAAGCGGAGUCCUCCAAGACGGAAAAUGCUGCCAUUAAAAUGCAGAAAGAUCCACUUUCACAGCCAGCUGCCACUCCCUCUCCAAAGCCAGCGCGAGCCACCCCGAGUUCCACGAGUCCCCAUGCGGAGCAGGCACCGCCAUUCCCCCCUCCACGCUCCACCUCCUCUCCCUACCAUGCCAGUAACUUGCUGCAAAGGCAUUUCAGCAAUUGGGCCAAACCCAACAGCCCCACCAGGUCGACAGAGGCGGAGUCCAUCCUGCACUCGGAGGGGCGGCGCCCCGAUGCGAAACCCAAACGCUGGAUAUCCUUCAAGAGCUUCUUCCGCCGCAGGAAAGCUGACGAUGAGGAAGAGAGAGAGAAAGACAGGGAGAAAGGGAAGUUGGUGGGUCUGGAUGGAACUGUUAUACACAUGCUGCCCCCUCCUCCAGUGCAGCGGCACCACUGGUUCAGCGAGGCCAAGUCGGACUCCAGCGAGAAGCCGUCGAUCGUUUUCAUGUACAGGUGUGACCCGGCACAAGCGGAGCCGAGGGCUGAGCUCCCACACAAGGGUGGGGUGGAGUCUGCUAUCGCAGAGGCGCUGGCCAAAGACAAGGGAGAAGUGCAGGAAAAGCCUCCAGAGAGCUCGGAAGAGAACGUAGCGAGCCAUUCCUCACCACCUCAAGCUCCCAGGAAAAUGCCCAGCACACCAGAACACUGUGGAAUCAAUGGCUCGCCAGAGUUUCAAGACAUGAUUAAAAGACUCAAGAAGGCCCUGAAAGAAUUUCCUUUAAUGGGGAAUUGUGUGAGUGAGUACAGUGGUCAAGUGCCCGAUGAGCCCACCCUGGAGGAGUUGUCCCCUCGUGUUCCCAGAGCCGUGUUUGUGAAGCAGGACAAUGGGGGCAGCGCCUCGGUCAUCCCGGUCUCAUCCGCCCGCGGGCCGCCAGGGGAGGAAGAGAAGGAAGAAGCUCCAAAUUCUCCUGACCUGAGCACCUGCAGUGCUACGUACAGCAAUUUAGGGCAGUCCAGAGCAGCUAUGAUCCCUCCAAAACAGCCAAGGCAACCCAAGGGAGCUUUGGAUGAUGCCAUUGCCUUUGGAGGGCUGGCAGACCAGGAGACAGUGAACAACUUGCAGCCAACACCACCUCCGCUGCCAAAGAAAACAAUUUUGAGAGCUAACACAGAGCCAACUCCCCGAGAUCUCCAGAAGCAGGCUCUGGAGAACAACCUGUGCAUCAUGGCCAAUCCCACCUACGACAUUGACACUAACUGGGAAGCAAGCAGCGCCUGCUCCUCAGUCAGCCUGGAGCUCAAGGUCCUGGACAAUGAGUCGGGAGAUUCCUUGGACAGGCCGACAGAGAAACUGAGGGCAACCACCUCAGCAACUAACAGUGUUUCCAGCCUAACCACUAUCAGUAUUAAGGACCGCUGUUCCAACAGCAUGGAGUCCCUGACAGGGAGGCGCCUCUCGCAGGCCAAGCAGGGCCGAGGCAUCCAGAAGCCGCAGAGACAAGCACUUUAUCGAGGCAUCGAAAACAGAGAGGAGGUGGUGGGGAAAAUCCGGAGCUUGCACGCUGAUUCCCUGAAGAAGCUGGCGCUGAAAUGUGAAGACCUGUUCAUGGCCGGGCAGAAGGACCAGCUGCGCUUCGGCGUGGACAGCUGGUCGGAUUUCCGGCUCACCAGUGACAAGCCGUGCUGCGAGGCGGGCGAUGCCGUUUACUACCCCGCGUCUUACGCUAAAGAUCCCCUCAACAAUUACGCAGUCAAGAUUUGUAAGAGCAAGGCUAAGGAAUCUCAGCAGUAUUAUCACAGCCUGUCUAUCCGGCAGAGCCUGGCUAUCAACUUUAACAUCCAGCAGGACUGUGGCCAUUUCCUUGCUGAAGUGCCAGUUCGUCUCCUUCCGUGGGAGGAUGACGACGCACCGGAUGCGGAAGAAGAGGAGCGGGAAGAAGAGGAGAAAACACCUGAGCAGAAGAACAGAGACACUGCUUCCCCUCCAGAGGCCUCCCACAAAGACAGCCCCAGCAGGCAGGGCACCAUCAGCAAGCCCCGCAGCCGCGUGGUGGUGAUCACGCGGGAGGUCCCGCACCUGACCGUGGCCGACUUCGUGCGGGAUUCGGCGCCCCGCCACACCAAGAGCCCCGACCUGUACGAGAGACAGGUGUGUCUGCUCCUCCUGCAGCUAUGCCUGGGCCUCGAGCACCUGAAGCCCUAUCACAUCACGCACUGUGACCUGCGCUUGGAGAACCUGCUGCUGGUUCACUCCAGACCGGGAGGCAGCCCCCUGAGCCCCGAGGCCACAGACCCCAGUCCCAACACUGCCUGUCCAGCCAGAUUAAUUGUGAGCAACUUCUCCCAGGCCAAGCAGAAGAGUCACAUGGUGGAUCCUGAGGUCCUACGGGAUCAGUCCCGCCUGGCUCCAGAAAUCAUCACCGCGACGCAGUACAAAAAGUGUGAUGAGUUCCAGACUGGCAUCCUCAUCUAUGAAAUGCUGCACUUACCCAACCCCUUUGAUGAGAAUCCAGAGCUGAAAGAGAAAGAGUACACUUGUGCUGAUCUCCCCAAGAUUCCUUGCCGUUCGCUCUACUCUCAAGGGCUUCAACAACUUGCCAGCUGCCUGCUGAAUCCCAACCCUUCAGAGAGGAUCUUGAUAUCAGAAGCCAAAGGAAUCCUUCAGUGUUUGCUUUGGGGUCCACGUGAGGACCUGUUCCACGCUCUCAGCACGUCUUCCAACCCCUCACGGAGAGACGCUAUACUUCAGAACUGGCUCGAUAUAAAAAGGACGCUGCUGAUGAUCAAGUUUGCAGAGAAGUCCUUGGAGAGGGACUGUGGAAUUAUUCUGGAAGACUGGCUUUGUUGUCAAUAUCUGGCUUUUGCCACUACAGACUCACUUCAGCGCAUUGUGAGACUCAUGAAGCAGCACUAGUUGUAGAGCCUGUUGCUUUUUGUGAAGCAUCCCCACCUCUGCCCCAGCCCUCACUCCAGCCUGCACUAGGGCUCACACUUUGUACAAUAGUUACAAAACAGCCUAGACAUCAAAGCCAGCAACUCUGAGCAAAUAGGUUCUAAUUGGAGAAAUUGCAUCCUGUACCGAGUAUGACAGAAACUCUACUUUUUUGCCAGGCCUGCUAGGGAUUGAUCAUAUACAUGACUGCAUUUGGAUCAGACAGUAUGUAACCUGAUUCAUAUCUGGCUGAAAAGGAGAGCAAGCUUUGAUACCACUAUUUCUACCACUGCAGUAAACAAACUGUCCUCUUCUGGGUAGUUUCAAUCAUUUCCUACAUAGCAUUGAUUAGUGAAUAAGCAGAGACCAUAAGCAGAGAUGGAUUAGUGGUGAAUGUGAGAUGAAUUACCCACCAUGCCACAAAACACUCAUUUGCUUUCACUCCACACACCACACAUUUCCUCUCUGAAGCUGAGCUGAGUCAGUCCCCCACAAGCAGGCUGUGCUCCUCUUUCCUUUGCUCUCAACCAGAUGCUGAUCUUUCUCUUACACUUUACACCAUCCAUACCUUCCUCCCCAGAUGUGAUUUUCCCACUGACCAUGGCAAGCGUCAGUGAGCAGUAAGCACCUGUGUUCUGUCCUCUUCCCUCCUCCUCUCCCUCACUGCCUACCCAUAUCCUUUCUAACCAUGGAUCCAUGAUUUCAUCAAUGCUGCCUUAAUCAGACCCUUAGCUUGAGACCUGUGCAUUAAAAAAGCAGAAUAUGCACACUUCGUCUAUGCUAUUUCUUAGCAACUUUCACCUUUCAACUGUUGAUGUACUGUAGCCAUAACCACACUUAUACAAGAACAGUGCAACACAUGGUGGACCAUUGAAAUUCCUCUUCCAUCGCAAAAGGCACUAAAGCCUGACUUGAAAUGGACAGGACGUACAUAACCUUCUCUGACAAUCACUGCUAUGAAUCAGGGAUGAAAAUAAAAGCCACCUCUUCUGUUUUGUUUUGGUCUGCUCUUGUCACUUACGCCAUACUGCAAAGUGAGAUUGAAAUUGGCUCUGCAGGUUUGUUGGCAGGAGAUAGAAAUGUUUAGAGCUUGUCUGUGUGUAGCUAACAGGCAACAUGGAGAUACUUUUACUGCAGACACAGUUCUCUGAAGGGUAAAAACAAGGGGGCAAAAAUUGAGGGAGCUGUUGAGUUUGGCAGCCACGACCAACAGCAUCAUGAUCCACAGUUCCUGCAGCAGUGCUUGGCUGCCCAUCUCUUGUCUGUUGUAACCAGUGUUUUCUAAUGUUGCUAUAGACAACACCCUAAAAAUGGAAUGUUGUCAGAAGAGCUCAAAGAGCAUCACAGAGUUUUGGACUAGAGCAGGAAUUAGUGAGGAUUGAAGAGUCAGAAUUUUUAAAACCUCAACUUGAAGGAGCUUUUUCACUUUUAGAGGCCACUGCUGACGUCCUUCUGUGCCCUAACAACCAUUUCUCAUGGAACCCCUGUAGAGACAAUGUCUUUGCUCAGUAUUGCUAGGCUAGGAGUUGUUUCCCGAGUUGCUCUGAAGAACGGAUCUGCAUGCAGGGGGAAAAGCGAUCCCGAAUAUUCUGACCCGGGUGAUGGAAAGCAGACAGCCCUAGUUAUGAGCCUGUGCUUCUCUCCUAUGGAUCUAUGUGCAAUUCUUGUAUUAUUUUUUGAAGCUGUACAUUAUAGUGUUCACUUUACACACCAGCCUUUACCCAAUGCUAGAUCUGCAGCCCCUUCCUUUACUUUCCUGGCACAUAAAUGCACAGAUAUCCAUGUGUUCUUUUUAUGGAUUGAUGUUCCAUUUUAAUUGUUAAAACUGUGAGGAAUCAAUUCACUACAGCCUUGAAACAAAUAGCCACUUUAUACAGCAUAUGCAUUCUUGGACCAGAUGCAUGGAAACUGAACAAACAGUCCUGCAGGCUUAAAGUCAGCGAAAGUAGCUCUGGAUCCAUGCCAUACAUCGAGGGGUUGACAUGUCUGUAUUAUUCUUCUCUGGCAUCUCUCAGAGCUCAGCUGAAUAGCGUGUGGAAGCCUACAUCGAUUGUGCCAUAGUAUAGACUGUCUUUGUGACCUUUCUAGAGAUUUUUUAGAAACUUCUGAUGAUUGUUCUUUUGUUUGAUUCACCUGUAUCAGUGAAGGAUCAGACAAGGAUAAGGAUAAUAUAUUUUAAUGUGAUAUGUAUGUUUUUCUUUCUCUUUUUGGCAAAAAGGUUAGGAUGGCGGCAUUGAUGCAGAAAAAGAGGACAGUGCAUUAAAAGCCCAAGUGCAAUGUAUGUAGUUGAAGUACUUCCUCUACAUCAGGAAAGUUUCUACACUACUGCUGAGCAGCUCGUAGAAGAACCUUUACAAAGAACCUCCUGUUCAGCGCAGCCCUGCUUUAUCUGGACACAGGAGGGCAAUGCUCCCAUAGUUCACAUACGCCGAGCAUGGCAAGUCACUCGUGUACUACCUACUAGCUAUUAGCGACAGUGUGCUGAGCUGCCAGUGGGGCUUCUUGUUCUCUGUGGUCUGGUUUUGUGUUCGUUCCGUAGUGUGUGUGUGCACCUGACUUCUCAGCUAGCUCAGAUAGGCAUAGGUGUAACUCUUGGACCACCUGGCAUUGCAGUGGGGCGAUCCCUUGAAGCUUCUGGGUGUUCCCGUGUUCAGGGACGUGUUCCCACCGUCACUUUGAUGUCAACGCGCACAUGCAAAGUUGGAUUUUGAAUGUUGUACAACCGUACGUAUUAAUGCAGCUGGUCCAACGCCUUUGUAUCUCUAGCUAUCUAAUUUCAGUUUGUAUCUUUUGUGAUGAACAAUACUCAUUUUAGCUCUGCAGUAUAAUCAAGCAUGGAUAGAUGUUCACUACCAACCUCCUUCUUGUGCAGCACUGGGUAAACUUUAGCAAUUUGUAAUGUUGUGUGGUUUUUUUCUUUAAAAAAGAAAGAAUGGUCAAUGUAGUCGAACCUGAUCUGGCCUGAGCUCUUCCUUGAGAAGCUUAAGGCUGACUUUGCAGAUCUGCCCAUAACUGAUACAACUGUGUUUGUGGCGGUUCUCCAUCCUGGCACCAGACUGUGCCACGUAAAUACACAAGAAUGUAUGCAUUAAACUGAUUGUAAACACAUCCUAAGAAUGCUACAGCAUAAUUGCUAAGCAAAAGGAAAAAAACCCGCUCUGUAACAGGAUCCUGUGUAUGGCAGGAACAGAACCCCUGGCUGUGCAUGUUAGAAUAUGUGCACAGAUCUUGAAAUUUUUUUUUAGCAAUGUCGCACUUUCAGUUGAGCUCAAGAAAUAGGAAGAGCUGCAAAUCUAAGAUAACAGUAUUGACUGUAAAUAUAUAUUUUUUUAUUAAUAAAAGCUGUCAUUCAAAUAUUUUUAACACGAGCUCUAAAGAUUUUUCCAGUGGAAACUAAUUUCUGGAAAAAUCAAAUGCUCAUUUGAAGAAUUAUGAUGAGUGGUUUCUGAUCCUCUUAGAGCCAAUAAAACCCUCUCUAAUAUUACAGAGAGAGCACAGUGAUUGGAUUCACAAUGUUUAGUGCCUUGUCAAAAACCUGAAAUGUAGCCGGUCAGUUGGUGGAAAUCUUAUUUUUUUCAUAACAGCCCUAGAAGUAAUACUGCCCAUGUAAAGAUGCAAAAGACUUCACAAGACUAAAUGCUGUACUUUGUAUGAUGCUGGGUUGAUCUAUUCGGUAAGAUUUGUGCGAAUGGGCUCCUAUAAGUUGCUUGUAGUACAGCGUAACAAAAGUAGUAACAAAGUAACAAAACUGUGGGCUUUCAAAUUUGCGAUCUGCACAGGGAAUAGCAGUGGAUAUUUAGUCCGUUCAGCCUGACCAGGCCUCAGGAGAAGCCUCUUGCUCUGACAAUCUGCUGCAGACACUCCGCGCUGGCGAGGCUGGCGAGGGGAGGGAUCGCCGUGCUCUGGGAGCAGCGGGAGGGUGAAAUGCGCUCCUGCUGUAGGUGGUGGGUGCUGCACGCCAGCCUUGGGCUGUGCUGAGAAAUGCAAACCUCUGUUCGCACAGGAGUGCUAAAAGAACUGCUCCUGAGAUGGUGUGGAAAGGGGGUUAAUUUUGUAUUUCUUAAAUGGAAAUUACUAAUUAGCUGUCAAACCCCAGAUCUGAUCCAGUCAAUAUGCAUAACCAGGUGAAUAUAAAGAGACUCUACUAGUAAAAGCUUGCCUACACAUUUUUAGGAAUGAGGGAAUCCAGAAUUUUCUUCUGGAGCCCCUGGAAUGUCCAACUAUAGAAGCCUGGUUCAGUUCAGUAUUCAGGCUGAUGAAAUCAGUAACUCCAGCCAGGAUACCAUGUUGCUGUCCCACAGUGAAGAGUGCAGAUAGCAUUUACAGAAAUGUUCCACCUUAAAUCUUUUAUGCUCCACACAUCCCACUCACAAGGUAUGAAUGGAUCAUCUUGACAUGUUAACACAAGAGAAUUCCUACGUGUUAGAGAGAAAAAUAUAUUAUUUAAAUAAAAUAUGUGUGUUAGGGUUCAGCUACUUGCAGAAUUUAUUCGGCAGCUUCACACUGUAGGUCCUUAAUUUUAACAUGUAUUCGCUGCUGAAAUAAAAUGGAUUGUGCUGAGAAUCCCAUCUAAAUUAAUUUUUUUUGUUUCUAAUAACAAAUCCAUAUGUUAAUAUAAAUUAAAUAAUCCUGUUUUUAUUUAAAUCAAUUUUAAGUUUUCUGAGGGUUACAAUAGAAACUGAGUCAGACCUUUUAAUGCACUUUCUUUUCCCCCUUUCUCCAAAUUGACUGUUUCUCAGUACAAACAGUACUUAACUGCAUGACUAGACCAUCAGUUUUACUCUGAUUUUGCAGAGGUGGUGUUGGUUCUGUUAAAAGUCCUCUAAGACCUAGAGCACAAUCAAAGCCCUUCAGCCAGCACAGAGAUGUGGUUGUGAUUUAGUUACGCAGUAAGAUAACAUCAAAGAAGUACAGAAUAGAAUUUUAAAUACCUCUAUAAAAAUACACCUGUGGAAAUAUUCUGUAAUCGUGUGGAUUACAAAGACUUCAAGAGAAGAAUACACAAAAAAAAUACUUUUCAAAACAUUGGGGAGAAAUUUCUUAAGGGCACCCACAACUCCAAAAGAAGGAGCAAGUCUUUUUCCCUGCUGUGUUGCAGAGAAUUUCUGGUAGACAUUUGUAUGGAUUUUCUUAUUCACCUGGAUGCAGUAUUAGAAGGAUGGUGAUUUUGAGUAGGUGUAGAAUGUAAUUUAAAUCAUUUCCUGUCAGUCUUCUUGCAUUGGUGCUCCACUCAGCAUUUACCUGGAAACCACAGAAUGCUUUCAGAACAAGCAGAGUUGCCAGUGAGAAAUUAAAUACUCAACUUACCUGUACAUAAGCAUUUUACCACUCUACAGAAUUUGAGAAUUUAGUUUGUACUUCAGACUAUAAAGAUUUUUUUCCAUAAAUUUAAGGGGAAGAUUUCAGGGAUUUAGAAGAGGUUGGAGCUUUUUUUAAUAUGGAAGAAAUAUUUGUUCAUAAAUAUAUAUAUAUACAUACAUAUAUAUAUAUGAGUCCAUGUGGGCAUAUUUUAAUAUAUAUGUAUGUAUAUGAAUUUUAUAUCCCAAAAGUAUUCUUUGCCCCUUUUUGCUUGAAAAUAUAUAUAUUAUAUAUUGUAUAUAUAAUAUAUAUUUUAAGAGUGUGUAAAUUUUAAUAUAAUCAUUUAAUAAAUAACACCUCUUCAAAAAUUACUCAAAACUUCUGUUUCUUUGUCCUUUGGAUUGUUGGUAUUAGAAAGUUUUGCAGUCGAAAUCCUUGGGUUUUUUUCUUUAAAACUUAAUUAUGCUGAGCAUUUAAGAAUAUGUUCUUGUUUUUAAUAAAAGGGGGAAAUUUAUUUUUAAAUUAGGGACUCCAAAAUCAGUGAACUUCUAUAAAUGGGAUUUCUUUAAAUGCCUUGACUAAGGGAAUUUUUUUUUCAUUUCUUUUUUCAGUUCCAUUCUUGUGGGUAAUUUGUAUUUGGAAUUCCUGGUUGCAUUGCUUUAUCUGGUGCUUCAUAUUGAUAUUUACACAUUUUUAUAUAAAUAAGUAUAUAAACUUCAAGCCUUCCUUUGUGAUCAGGGGCAGUCACACUCUGGUUUGCUGUGGUACUUUGCUGUGUACUCUGUGGCAUUCAUGUUACUGUGUAAAUAAACUAGUUUUAUUACACUCAAAA